UCUCUCAGACCUGAUCCACACGUCAAGACCUGAAUUACUGCAGAGAGCGGAAUGGAAAUUACACCAGUUAUAUAUGAGAAUUCAGUAACUUCUGUAGAUUCAUCUGAGGAUCUAUAUGAAGACAUCAAAGCUGAGCAUAUGGGGUCCCAAACAAUAAGAAAGAAUCAGGAACAGAAGAGCUCAGAAUCUGAAAAAACAAGGAACAAGUACUACAGACUGGCUGCAGUGUGUUUGGGGUUGCUGUGUGUUCUCCUGCUGAUUACCAUCACAGUGACAUCGCUCAACUUCACUGCAGAGAGAGACCAGCUACUGACCAGUUACAACUACUUGCUGACCAGCUACAAGAACCUGACUACAGGAAGAGACCACCUAGAAACAAGCUACAUCAGUGUGAUUGCAGAGAAGGACAACCUUCAGAAGAAACUUUCGUGUUUGGAAAAGGCUGCCCAGGAGGGAUGGAGGUACUUCAAUUCCAGGCUUUACUACAUCUCUACUGAGCAGAAGACCUGGAACAGCAGCAGACAGGACUGCAGAAAAAGAGGAGCAGACCUGGUCAUCAUAAACAGCAAAGAAGAACAGGAGUUUGUGGACUCGUUGAGCUGCUGCAAAGAUGCUGCAGUUUUUAUUGGACUGAGUGACAGAGAAACAGAGGGGGUCUGGAAAUGGGUGGACGGCUCAGUACUGACCACUGGGUACUGGGAGAACGGUCAGCCCAACAAUGGUAAAUGGAUAAGCUCACAGGACUGUGCGGUAACCGGGCCUCAACUUGGGAAGAGAUGGAACGAUAAACCAUGCAAGAAUUCCUAUUACUGGAUUUGUGAGAAAAAUGUUUGACUUUAUAGACACACAUUAGACUUUGACGUCCACAUUCAAUCAAGCAAAGACAUAAAAACUAUUAACGUAAUAUUACUACAGGCAGAAAUAUUUGUCGACCGAAUGUCCAUCUCAGCAACUCAAAUGUGUUAUAGUGACAAGCAAAAAAUGUGCAAAGCUUUUCAUCUUAUACAUACAUCCGCUAAAAGAAAAAUAUUUUAGAUAUUGACUUUAUAAUGAUAU